AUGGCAACUAGCGUGGUGCAUUGGGAGCGGCGGGAAGACAGCGGGUGGCAAAAGUACGACGACGCCGCAACUGCUGCAAUAAAAGCUGCGGAGGGAGCGGGACAGGGGAGUGUCCAGAUCGUGGACAGGGGCACAACGUGCCAGCUGGUGUUUGCACAGGAGGGGCCCAAGCAGGUGAAUCCAAUCACGGGGUACCGCCGCAACGCCCGACGCAUAGUCAACCCCAUUGGUUCAAACCCCGGCCAAGCCGCCGUCCAGUGGGAGUGGUUCGACGGCAACAAUUGGGAGGCAUACCCGCCGGAGAUCAGCGUCCGGGUGGAGGCGGCCCGGGAAGCGGGCGAGGCGGAGUGCGACUUCACGACGCUGUACGGGCAGGACUUCCGGAUCGAGUUUGGGGUCGACGCGUGGCAGACCAUUAACGGCAAGCAGCAGCCCGUGCGCAAGGUGACUACCACGCUUUCCCCCCCUCCUUCCGCCCCGGCGCCGACCCCUCCGGCAGGCGGGUUCCUGUCCAACAUCGCGGGGAUGGUACUCCGGAGGUCUGCUAGGCUCGCGGGCCUCGCGCCGGGCGCUCAAGUGCCGGGGACGUCUGCAAACGCGCCGCCAGCCGGUCCAUCUAGCCCAAGUACCUCCUCUGCCAAGGAGCCCGAAGAUGAAGACGAGGCCCCGCUCUCGGCCGUCGAUUUCCCAAUGGACGGCUCCGUACACCCAUCACUUCUCCGGACAAUCAAGAACCCGGACGAUGAAGACUGCGUCGUGUGCUACGAAUCGCUGCGGGAUAAGCCGGCCGUGCGGCUCAUGCUGUGCAAGCACGAGUACCACCUGGAGUGCAUCAAGAAGUGCUUCGCGCAGAAGCCCAAGUGUCCGACGUGCAUGCGGGCGUACGGCGUUCGGACGGGGAACCAGCCGGAGAACGGAACCUUGACCGUAAAAACGUACACUUACGAGCAGGCGAAGCACGCGUGCGUGGCGCUGGAAGGCCACGAGGGCAGUGGCGUCAUAGUGAUCAACUACAGCUUCCCGCAUGGGGUCCAGGGCCCCAACCACCCCAACCCGGGCACCCACUACUCCGGUACCAACCGGGUGGCGUACCUGGUAGACGACGCCCAGGGGCGGGAAGUUUUGGCCCUCCUCCGGACCGCCUUCAAGCGGCGACUCACGUUCACCGUCGGGCGCUCACAGACAACCGGGCGCGAUAACCAGGUUGUUUGGUCGGGGAUUCACCACAAGACACACCCGUACGGCGGCGCGGCACAGCACGGGUACCCGGACGAGACUUACCACGCCCGGGUCAAGGCGGAGCUGGCGGAGUUUGGCGUGACGGCGUGAGCUUAUACAAUAACUGCUGUGUCCGUAUGGUUCAGGUUUAGCGCUUACAGGUCGAUCUCUGCGCUUAUUAGCCGGCUGUGCGCUUAGGAUCGAAGAGCGGAGCGUCUGGUCAGCUUUGCGAGUAGCAGUUGGGCGAUCCGCGUAUGGGCUGGGCUGGCCGCUUAUGGGCAGAGCUGCCCGCUUAUGAGGGUGCUACGAGAUGGAAACGAUCCGUGGGUGUGACGUAUACGAGGGAGUGUAAAAAGGAUUGGUGCAGUGACUCUUCUGCCUAGCUAGGAAACCCUGUAAAGAGAACUUGUAUAGCGAAUACUGGCCCUUAAAAGGCGCCCGUCAGUCUGAAUACUGUUAAGAAGUUGGUUACGGGGAGUGACUAAGGUCACAUGGAGACUGAGGCAAAGAUAGAGCAGGCAUGUAAAGCACGGAAUAGUUGCUGGAAGUUACUGGCGUGUACAUUGGUCACGGGGUCCGGAAUAGAAUAGAUCGGUCGGAUCCACUGAGAGUUCCGGUCGACGAACUUCCGUAGGCCAGGUCUCGAAGCAGCUGUGCCUCAUUCAUGAUCGAGGGAAAGCCUGGGAAUGUUGGCAAGUUGCAAUAUAAACAAUAUUUCCAAGCAACGGGACUCGCACGCCAGAAGAUACUGGAGACGAGUCGGAACUUACAGUCCCGUGGAUAAGCAGCCGGCCCCUAAGUGCGGGGUACGGCCACUCUUUUGAACAGUUCAAAGACAAACCAUUUUCAAAUGCC